AUGAAUAGCGCCACUAAAAGCCACAUGAUCUCACCCAUGUUGAGCCCCUGUAUGGCGCCUUUCAAGGUGACUGUGUUUGAGCAGGAGCACUUCCAGGGCAAACGCCAGGAGUUCACCACCGAGUGCAGCAACAUCCACAGAUGUGGCUUUGACAACAUCCGCUCUAUCCGAGUGGAGAGUGGAGCUUGGGUGGGCUUUGAGCACCAUGAUUUCCAGGGCCAGCAGUUUAUCCUGGAGAAGGGAGAGUACCCCCACUGGGAUGCCUAUAGCGGUUCUUUGUCUUACCACGUGGAGCGCCUCAUGUCCCUGCGCCCCAUCACCUGUGCUUCCCACCAGAUCAGCCGUAUGACAAUCUUUGAGAAGGAGAACUUCAUGGGACGUUCUGUGGAGCUGUCUGAUGACUACCCUUCUCUGCAAGCUAUGGGUUGGUCCAUGCCUGAGGUGGGCUCCAUGCAUGUGCAGUGUGGCGCCUUUGUGUGCUAUGAAUACCCUGGCUACAGAGGCCAACAGUACAUCAUGGAAUGUGAUAAACACAGCGGAGACUACCAGCACUGCAAGAUCUGGGGCUCUCACUGCCAGACCCCAAAGAUUCAGUCCAUCAGACGCAUCCAGCACUAA